AUGUUGAGCGUAUCACCUUCUCCUAAUGAAGUGGCCCCUCCACCUCCACCAGCUCCCAUCACUUCCACAGGCACUGGUAUUGCCAAUCUUCCCAAUCAACGCCACAAAAUCGUGGCAAAGAAUGGUGCCAAUUUUACCGUGAUGGUUUGUGGUGAAUCUGGUGUGGGAAAGACGACUUUUGUGAACACGUUGUUCACUUCCACCAUCAAAGAGCCAAAGAUUUUGGCCAAACGCCAUAUGACAAAAAACCCACCUAAAACAGUGCAGAUUCAAAUUACCAAAGCAGAGCUUGAAGAGAAAAUGUUCAAAGUAAAGUUGACCAUCAUUGAUACACCUGGUUUUGGCGAUUACGUGAACAAUCGAUAUGCGUCUAUCCCCAUUGUGGAUUUUUUGGAUGACCAGCACGAGAAGUACAUGCGCCAGGAACAGCAACCGUGCCGCAAGGGUGCAGUUGAUAUGCGCGUCCAUGCAUGUCUGUACUUUAUAAAGCCAACCGGUCACACACUCACACCCUUGGACAUCGAAGUCAUGAAACGCUUAGGUUCACGCGUCAACCUUAUUCCUGUCAUUGCCAAAGCCGAUACAUUGACACCCGCCAAUCUCGCCAAGUUCAAACAAAAUAUUCGCGAUGUGAUUCAAGCCCAGAAUAUCCAGGUUUAUUCUUGUCCAAUUGAAAGCGAUGAUGAGACAACUUCCAGACGCAACAUCAACAUCAUGAAUGCCAUGCCGUUUGCCGUGAUUGGAUCUACUCAAGACGUGCUUACAGCCGAUGGUCGCAAGGUGAAAGGUCGCGAAUAUUCAUGGGGUGUGGCCGAAGUCGAGAACGAUGAACAUUGCGAUUUCAAAAAAUUAAGAAGUUUAUUGAUCCGCACCCACAUGCUUGAUUUGAUCACCACCACUGAAGAAAAUCAUUACGAAAAUUAUCGUCAGACGCAAAUGGAAACGCGCAAGUUUGGUGACCCACGAACUCAACCCAACGAAAACGCCAAAUUCAAGGAAGAAGAGGAUGCAUUGCGUAAGCGAUUCACGGAACAAGUGAAGAAUGAAGAAUCAAGAUUCCGUAUGUGGGAACAACGUCUGCUAAGUGAGCGAGACCGUCUUCACAGCGAAUUGGAACAACAAGGUCGUCGCGUUACAGAGUUGCAACAUGAAAUCGACAGCUUCUAUUAUCAACGUGACACGGUCAAAUCCAUUCGAAAAUAA